UUUUUAUUGAUCGGACUUCAGAAAUUACCCAUUCUAUAUAUAUUUUUUAUAAUAUCAGUUGUAAAUAAACAAAAGGUAUGGUAAAUUUGAUGGAUACUUUGAUGAUUAAUACGGUGACGGACGGAGCUAUGACUUUCUUGCGCCAUAUCGGCGUGUUUAAGUCCAAGACUGUAGAGGCUCCACCAGUAACCAUUAUAGUAAAGAUGCCUCUGUGGGAGUUGGCGCAAGAAGCUGGGCCGUUCGUGCGGCUCGCCGGCCUGAGCGGAGCUUCCGCCGUAGUGCUGGGAGCUAUGGGUGCCCAUCGCACUUUCCCAGAAACUGAUACCAAAGAAGAUCUGAGGAAAAUAUUUGAUACUGCUAAUCGGUUCCAUUUCCUGCACACUUUGGCACUAAUGACAGUGCCUCUGUGCAAAAGACCUUACAUUGCUGGAGCAUUCUUCAUGGCAGGGAUGGGGUUAUUCUGUGGAACCUGUUACUACCAUGCAUUCACUGGAGACCGCAGUUUGCGUAGACUCACACCAAUAGGGGGUUCAUGCCUCAUACUUGGCUGGAUAGCAAUGGUAUUUUAAGAAUAAUGGAAUGUAUUAUGUAAUUAUCAGU